AUGUCCCCCCCUGGCUCGGCCGCGGGCGAGAGCGGCGGCGGCGGCGGCGGCGGCGGCGGUGGUGGCCCCGGGGUCCCGGAGGAGCCCACGGCGGCGGCAGCGGACGAGGGCCCCGCCCGAGAGGAGCAGCGUCCCAUCCAGCCCUCUUUCACCAAGUCCCUCUGCCGUGAGUCCCACUGGAAGUGCCUGCUCCUCUCGCUGCUCAUGUACGGCUGCCUGGGGGCCGUGGCCUGGUGCCACGUCACCACGGUGACCCGCCUCACCUUCAGCAGCGCCUACCAGGGCAACAGCCUCAUGUACCACGACAGCCCCUGCUCCAACGGCUAUGUCUACAUCCCCCUGGCUUUCCUGCUCAUGCUGUACGCUGUCUACCUGGUGGAGUGCUGGCAUUGCCAAGCCCGCCACGAGCUGCAGCACCGCGUGGAUGUGAGCAGCGUGCGGGAGCGCGUGGGCCGCAUGCAGCAGGCCACGCCAUGUAUCUGGUGGAAGGCCAUCAGCUACCACUAUGUCCGCCGCACCCGCCAGGUCACCCGAUACCGCAAUGGAGAUGCCUACACCACCACCCAGGUCUACCAUGAGCGCGUCAACACGCACGUGGCCGAGGCCGAGUUCGACUACGAGCGCUGUGGCGUCCGCGACGUGUCCAAGGCGCUGGUGGGGCUGGAGGGCGCGCCUGCCACGCGCCUGCGCUUCACCAAGUGCUUCAGUUUCGCCAGCGUGGAGGCCGAGAACGCGUACCUGUGCCAGCGCGCGCGCUUCUUCGCCGAGAACGAGGGCUUGGACGACUACAUGGAGGCGCGCGAGGGCAUGCACCUCAAGAACGUGGACUUCCGCGAAUUCAUGGUGGCCUUCCCCGACCCGGCCAGGCCACCCUGGUACGCCUGCUCGUCGGCCUUCUGGGCUGCGGCGCUGCUCACGCUGUCAUGGCCGCUGCGCGUGCUGGCCGAGUACCGCACGGCCUAUGCGCACUACCACGUGGAGAAGCUUUUCGGCCUGGAGGGCCCGAGCUCGGCCAGCGGCAGCGCGGGCGGCGGCCUCAGCCCCAGCGACGAGCUGUUGCCCCCGCUCACGCACCGCCUGCCGCGGGUCAACACGGUGGACAGCACGGAGCUCGAGUGGCACAUCCGCUCCAACCAGCAGCUGGUGCCCAGCUACUCGGAGGCGGUGCUCAUGGACCUGGCGGGGCUGGGCGCGCGCUGUGCUGGGGGCGCGGCGGGCGGCUACGCGCCCACGUGCCGCUACGGUGGGGUGGGUGGCCCAGGCGCAGCGGGCCUGGCCCCGUACAGGCGCAGCUGCGAGCACUGCCAGCGCGCCGUCAGCAGCUCGUCCAUCUUCUCGCGCAGCGCUCUUAGCAUCUGCGCCAGCCCUCGGGCCGGACCGGGGCCUGGCGGCGGGGCGGGCUGCGGGGGCAGCCGCUUCUCCCUAGGCCGCCUCUACGGCUCCCGGCGCAGCUGCCUGUGGCGCAGCCGGAGCGGGAGCGUCAACGAGGCGAGCUGCCCCACCGAGCAGACGCGGCUGUCCAGCCAGGCCAGCAUGGGGGACGACGAGGACGACGAAGACGAGGAGGAGGGCGGGCCGCCGCCGCCCUACCACGACGCCCUCUACUUCCCCGUGCUCAUCGUGCACCGGCAAGAGGGAUGUCUGGGCCACGGCCACCGGCCGUUGCACCGCCACGGCUCCUGCGUAGAGACCUCACUGUGA